UAACUCUUUUGAGACAUUUGCCGGGAAGAACUCCUCUGGUUCGAGUUGCCGCAAGUCGUCGAAAUGUCAGUAAAGCAAAUAUAUUACUCAGAGAAAUAUUACGACGACGUAUUCGAGUACAGACAUGUCCUGUUACCGAAGGAAAUAGCUAAGCUUGUCCCGAAACGGCACCUUAUGUCAGAAACUGAAUGGCGAAGUCUUGGUGUUCAACAAUCUCAGGGUUGGGAACAUUACAUGAAACAUGACCCAGAGCCUCACAUUUUGUUAUUCAGAAGAGAAAGGACUGACCUAUGCAAGAAUUAAAACACAAGCAUCCCAUUGUAUUAACUGUUAAUGGAAUGAAGCUGGAACAUUGUACUUGUCUAAGGCUUGUCUCUGCAUUCAAAAUAACAAAUUUCAUCAUAUGAAGAUUAUGAUGUCAAUUUCCAGAGUUCAUUUGAAUUGUUCAAUUAUACAAAUGUAAUUGAUUAUUUGUUUCAUAAAUUUAUAGUUCAGAUAAAUGAGUUCCAGGAACUUUAUAGUGUACAACAUAAUUUAUUCACUUCAAAUUAAUUAUUUGACAGCACUUUUGAGCUUCUUUACAUAAAAUGUACUGCUUGCUUAGCUUGCUGCAUUAAAGGAAGAACAAAUGUAAA